UGAUUGGUUCGAAAUCACAACUCAAAACUUCCGCCGGCCAAUCGGGUGGCGGCUUCGGUGAGGUGAGCAGCGCUAGUGUCUGUUUAGCUUCCGAUCGCCGGAAAAAAAUAAAAAAAGAAAAAAGAAAAAAAGCUUCAGGGAGCGAUAGUUGCUCACAUCGACGACCACUCAAAAGAAUGGUGGGUGAAUCAAGUUCAGAGUCAGCAGAUCUCAAUGAAGGUGGACAAUAUGGUGCUGACUGUUUGGCCUCGUCAGAGUUUGUAUUUGGCAUAUGAGCAUUUCUGAAUAAGCAGCCAUGCUUUCAUUGUUGAACACUCAACAUCACAGGUCGGAGGAUUCAGGUCCAUCUGGGCCGUGUGCCCUCUGGACAGUGGACCUUAAGCUAUCCCACUUAGACUGGAACCCCGAAGCAACCCUGAUCCACUUCCAGGGACAAUACCUGACCAUAUACGAGCUGGACUACAUAAUCUUGCAGCAGGAAAUCCAGAACACACCAAAGACCAAAGCUGAGGUGGACAUCGGUGAAUUUUGCCUUGUCGAAGACGCAAGUGCAGCUUACUGGUACAGAGGAAGGGUCCAGAGGCACAAAGAUGGCGUGUCGGAUGUGUUUCUCAUCGACCAUGGCAGCGUCUUGAGUGUGGAUGUGGCUCAUAUAUCUUUGUGCUCCAAUGAUUUGUUCAUCCUGCCUCCAAAGAUUGUUUGUGGCUUCCUCGCUAACGUGCUAGUGCUUGGCGGCUCUUGUAAUUCCUCCAGCGUAGUAGACUUCCUCUCGAGCCUGAUCGGAAAGAACAUCAAGGGCUACAUCCAGGCCCUUCUGCCUCACAGAGUCCUCCUGCUGGAUGCUCCUGACAUCAACAACGAGCUGGUCAGGCACGGAUUUGCAAACCAUAUGGACAAGGACACUUUUCUCCUGUUGGUGGAGUUGCUCACAGAGGCACCUCUCAAACAAAACAUUGAUCCCGUUCCUGACUUGCUUGUCGACAAGCAGAGCGGACGUGAGUAUCGAUACAAGUCGAGUGGACUGAAGGUCUAUGAGCAAAUCUUGCCUUUUUGCGGGCCCAGAAUGAGCUGUGGCACCCGUGCUAAAGUCCGGGUGACAGCCGCUGUCCACUCGGGCCUCUUUUACUGUCAAAUGGCGAGUAAGGAGUCUGAUCUUUUGGUCAUGUCCAAGAAGUUGGGUGCCGGUGAAUGCAGAAGGAAAUCUCACCAACACAACACUCAAGAUAACGUGGGUCUUCUCUGCUCGGUCAAAGGCAAAAGCGGGAAAUGGUACAGAGGCUUUGUGCAGUUCAUCCCGGUUAAUUCACAAGUCCGAGUCUUGUUUGUGGAUUUUGGAUUCCCUGAAUCGGUCAAACUCGAAGACGUCCACAGUUUGCCGCCCGAUUUGUACUCGACACCCAUCAUGGCAUUCCCAUGCUCGCUCUCUUCUCUGAAGGCUCAGGAUGAGCAGCUCAUGAGUCAGCAGUUGAGUUUCCUCAAGGCAGGCUUGCUCGGGGGGGUCUUAGAUGUGCAGAUCGAUAGUUUUGAUGAAGAGCACCACCUCUACUUGAUCACGGUAGUCGCUGCUCUGGAUAAAUAUACAACAGAAGAAGUUUCAAGACAGCCGCCUCCUCAAAUAAAAGAUGAGUUAUGUUCUACUGCAGAAGACGUGGCCCCCCAGGGUGGCCCCCUGUGCUUCGAGACCAUCAUAGGCCGAGAACUGGUUAAAACACUGAAAGAGGAGGAGCUGCAGUCGAACUCUGUGUUUGAGGGCUACCUUGAACAUGCUCGCAACCCAAACAACUUUUGGAUCCGAACCCAAAAACGAAACUAUGAGUUCCAGGAGAUGAUGAACAAAAUGUCAGAUCACUUCGCUAACGUGAAGCUUGAAGAUGAUAUUUUGUUGAACCCCGAGCCUGGAGCGUUGUGCUGCGCGAUGUAUGAGGAAGACAUGCACUUUUACAGGGGAGUGGUCACAAAGAAACUCGAGCAUGGCUCUGAAGUUCUGUUCAUUGACUUUGGCAAUAUCCAGAAAGUUCCUUGUGCUUUGAUCAAGAAGAUUCCUGAGACAUUUGCCAGCAUUUCCGCAUUUGGCCUCUGUUGUACUCUGGUUAAUGUGAUGCCUCUGGACGACGUGUGGACCUGCUCGAACUCUGACUUCUUCAGAGCAAUGCUGUCCAACAAGGAGCUGCUUGUCCACAUCGUCCAGAUCACGCAACAUAAGUGCAUCAUUGAUCUCUACGAGGUGGGAUGUGACCACGGUUGGAGCAUCAGCGAGCUCAUGGUUUCUGCCAAACAAGCCGACUACUGGAACAACAUUCCAGUGAAGCCUGUGGAGCUAAAUCAGAAAGAUAAAAGGACGGAUACAGGAAUCCAGGAAUCACAUAUCAAUGGAAAUGAAGCCUGGGACAAAUCUGAAAAACAGUCGUCUGUUCCUACGAGCUUCAAAACCUUGGAUAUCCAACCCAAUUGUGAGUUCACAGUCCAGUGCUCUUGCAUCUACUCCCUGUCAGAUUUUUGGUGCCAGCUGCAGGAUAAAGUUCCGGAUUUAGAGGAUAUGAUGUGUAAAAUUCAGCAGUAUUAUACCCUGCAUACAGUCACCCUCAAACAUGAAGAGUUGUGUUGUGUUGCAAGGUCACCUCAGGAUGGGAAAUGGUAUAGGGCCUCGAUCCAAGAGAGAGAAAAAAAACACAUCAAGGUGCUGUUGGUGGACUAUGGUGUUAGUGUCCAAGUUAAGGACAAGCAAUUGCAGAGAAUAAUGCCGGAAUACUUCAAACUAGAAGGCCAAGCUUUCCAAUGCUGCCUUCUUAACCAGAUUGAACUGGUUGGAAACUCUCAAGAGAUGUGUAACCACCUGAGAAAGUUUAUCGCAGACAGCUGCGGCUACCUGAGGUGUAAAGUUGUUUCACAGUUGAAUGACAAAAACGAGCUGUUGAACAUCGUGGAGCUGUACAACACCCAAACGCAGCAGAGCUUCACGAACCAGCUCAUGGAGCAAAGUCUGGUGAAACUGGACUUUCCCAAGGAGUUUGUCUACUCAUCCUUUGACUUAAUGCCUAACCACGAAGAAGAAGUCUACAUUACCCAUGUCAGCGGUGAGUGGGACAUAUACUGUCAACUCUGUCGCAACACUGAAGCCAUCCAAAACCUUGAAGUGAAGAUUUCAGAGGAAAUGAAGAAAAUUAAGAGAGCCAAUGCGGAAGAUGCUCCAGUGAAACCGUGCCUGGCAAAAUACUUGGAUGGAAAUUGGUACAGAGCCCUGGUUCAGACCACUCCGUCCCUGAUGCAUUUCAGUGUGUUCUUUGUGGAUUACGGAAACACUGGUAUUUCUGAGAAAACACAUGUUGUGUCCAUCCCGAGAGACUCUUAUCAUUUGUUAUCAACACCCAUACAAGCUUUAAAGUUCAACCUGGCUUCUGUGUCAAGGAAGGAUCUCUACAUCGAAGUGAAGGAAUGGCUGGAUAAAGCCGUCCUCAACAAGCAGAUGAAAGCAAUCAUCCUUGGCACGCGUCAAGAUGGUUCCUUUGACGUACAGCUCUUUGAUGGCGAUCUAAACCUCAACGAGAAGGCCAAGGAGCUCAUUGGGAGAGUUAUGCCGAAACCAAAGUCCACUGUGAAGUUUACCUACGUGACUAAAAACGACAAAAGAUCAACUUCUUCCAGGAGUAAGAAUUUAGCCAAGGGGAAGUCUUACUCUUCCAAAGCCAAUGAACACAGAUGCAGUCAUGUCAGGGCGAGACCACACUCAAAGAAGGAACAUGUGAAGUACUUUGUUGAUGUGACGGCUAUGAACCAGUUCAGGCAACCCAGACUCCCCAAAAAUGCGAGAACAACUAAUUCUAAAACGCAUCCUUUGAAACAUUUUGAAGAACCGCAUGUCUCCAGAGUAAACCUACAGAUUGAAAAGAAGAAAGGGCCUCAAGCUUGUGAGAACCCUCCACUCUCAUGUUUGCCAGCCAGGAAGGAAAAAGAAGGUUGCAGUUUGAUGUGUUUUGCUUCCCACAUCGACUCAGUUGGGAGCUUUUUCCUGCAGCUCUUGGAUGAUGAAGUUGCCAUCUUGAAAAUGGUUGAAGAAAUCAACUCGACAGCCGAGCAUUCCUUGAGGUCCGCCUUCUACGUGCGAUUCAAUGACCUCGUCCUGGUACGGUACGAUGAGAACGCCACUCUCUAUCGCGCGGUCAUCAGGGCCUACGAGGACGGGUCCCGUUAUAAGGUGAACUUCCUGGACUAUGGCAACUCUGCAGUCGUUGAGAAGGAGAAGCUCUACAUGUUGUCCCAAGAGUUUCUUUCUCAGCCAGCAUUCAGCAUCCAUUGUUGCCUGGUGGACUCGAGCCUUUAUGACGAUGACUCUGCUUUCACCAACGCUGUGAUGGGGAAAUCGCUCACAGUUCACUUUGUCCGUAAACAUGAAACCAUCUGGGAAGUAGAAAUUGAGAUACUUGACUCCGAAGAAACGCUUGGUGAACAAAUGUUGAAACCCCAGGAGGGAAUGGAGGGUCCUGCAUGUUCUUCGGAAACGGCUGAAAAAGCGAAGAUUUGCGAUCAGACUGCCCUAAAUGUCACAGAGAAUGAACAAGGAACAACUGACACCAAUGUUAAGGACACAAAACUUACCAAGGCGUCGUUUGAAACCUUCAGAAACAAAAGUAAGAGACCUGUCAAAAUCAGGCCAAAAUGGAAGGGGAUUUUAAAGAAAACAUCACAAUCUGUCAUCAAAAAGAGGGACUGUGCAAAUGCACCAUUUGCUUUCCUCACUCAGUUACUGCAGCAAAACCAACAACUGCCUUAUGAAACCCAAAAUCAGGAACCUCUCCCAGACACAAGUCCCCAUCAGCAUCUUGCCUUUGCUCCCAUCUCUCUUGACAAAGAGUACUUUGGUGUUGCUGCAUCAGUGAAGACUCCGUCCGAGUUCUGCGUGGUUCUGAAGGACUCUCUGCCCGUCGUGAACCAAGUGGCUAUCCUGUUGGAGGACCUCUCUGGGUACAAGUUAGCACUUCUUCCCAAAUAUUCCCUCAUGCCCGGUGCCAGCUGCUUGUUGAGAUCAGACCUCAACAAGUGGUGCCGUGCUGAAAUCCUACAUGUGGACUCAUCCACCGUGGUCCUGAACCUUGUGGACUAUGGCCUCUGUCAACAUUUUUCCAGUCAAGACCGCAUUGACUUGGGGAAAAUUCCUGAAGAUUUGCUCAAACUUCCCAAAACAGCAUACCCCUGUGUCCUGAGGGGGGUUAGGCCUGCCGGAGAGGACGGUAACUGGAGCGAAGAGGCCACCAUCUACGUGCAGGAGCUUUUGAACUGCAACCUUAAAGUGGUCUUUCGAGAAGUUCUGUCCAACACACGCUGGACUGCGGACGUUCUGGUGGACGGCGUUCAUGUUGCCAACAAGCUGGUGGACGCUGGACACGCCAGGUAUACGGACGCCAUACUUGGACUCAGGUUUCAGGAGCAGAGUCUGCGACGACUUAUUGCCGACAUGGAGGUAGAACCCCGCCUAGAACCUAAAGUGGCCAAUGAGGACUCAACAGAAAGUUCUGACAAAGCCGCGAAGCUGGGAACAAAACAAUGUGUUCUGAUUUGACAACACCAGGAGUUGGAGUGCAGGGUUAACGUUGGGUUGUAUAGGAAAGCUUAAUCUAUACAAAUCUUUCAUAAGUAAGCUUUCACUCAUUCUUGUAAAAUCUUCAUUGGAUUCAUUUAGUGAAGGUACCAGUUUUAUUUCAAUUUAAAAGUUCAGUGAUGUUUCCAUUUCAUUUAAAAUGUCAAAAGUUGUAUUUUGUUUGGCAUUCAUGUGGUGUGCUCAAGCGUGUGAAGUAAACACAUAAAAUCA